AUGUAUAUGCUCUAAUUACUUUAAAAUCAAUGUAAUCCAGCUUCCUAAGACAUCUUCUUUCACAAAGUUCAAGCACCUUUCGAUCCUAUCUUUGAAAUAGCCAAUAUAUCAUACCCUAAAAUUGAUUUGAAGUUGGAGCAUAUUGAAAAUUUGAGGAUAAUGUAGGAAUAUUAAGCAAUUAAAGAUUGA